UCAGUUUUCCCUAAACACACAAAAAUGUCGAUGACAUUUUUGGGUGGCUAACUUCAAUUUUUCCAAUUUUGGUUGUUUGUGGUGAUUUGUGUUGAAUCAGAUUCUUUUAGGAAAUGGCCCAAAUAAAAACAUCAACAAGUUUGGAACGGACAAGUAUACACGAUAUGUUGAAAGAGACGCCUGCAAAUGAUAAUAGGAGUAAUGUUGUACCUGCUGUACAAACAAAUCCCGUUUGUCCAUAUUCUCGUUCUGCCCCAACAGGCUUAUCGUCCUGUACCAGCUCACCCGCGAUUUUAACACCAACAACCCCAUCCCAAAAUGACGAUUCAACCAUUCUCAAAACAUCAUCGCGAAUUGAAAAUCUCAAAAACUGGUCCAUAUCAACUUAUAAGUGUACCAAACAACUCAUGUUUGAGAAGUUGGGGAAGUCCUCAAGGACUGUGGACGCAGAGCUGGAAUCUCAGAUAGAGCAGUUGCGGGAAACCCAGAAAAAAUACUGCAAUAUUUUGCGCCUGGCUAGAGCCUUGACUAGCCACUUUUACCACGUAGUUCAAACCCAGCACGAUUUGGGAGAAGCAUUCUCAGAACUAGCUCAGAAAUCUCCUGAAUUGCAAGAGGAAUUUUUAUACAACUCAGAAACACAACGAAAUUUGACUAAAAACGGGGAAACCCUUUUAGGAGCACUCAAUUUUUUUAUAUCGUCUGUGAAUACGCUCUGUAAUAAGACAAUUGAAGACACGCUGCAAAGUAUUAGACAAUAUGAAGCCGCUAGAAUCGAAUAUGAUGCUUAUCGCACUGAUCUUGAAUCAAUGUCCACUAAACCAGACGGCGCCAUUGGGCUAGAAGAAGCCCAACAAGGAUAUGAACUACACAGACAACAGUUCAUGAAGUUGCGGACAGAAGUCACAAUUAAAAUGAAAUUUUUGGACGAAAAUCGAAUAAAAGUGAUGCAUAAACAAUUACUUUUAUUCCAUAAUGCCAUUUCUGCGUACUUCUCCGGAAAUCAACAAGCCCUGGAGGCCACUUUAAAGCAGUUUAAUAUUAAAGUGAAGACACCAAACUCCACAUACCCUUCUUGGUUGGAACAGUAGUAUUAGUGCACUUUGUAUUAACAUCUAGUCAUUCGGAUUUUGUGUUACGCUUUGUUAAUUGAUUCCUAAUCUUCAUUCCACCCUUUUUUAUAAAGGUUGUAGCUUUAAAGCAAACAUUGUAUUCUUAUCAGUUCUUAACAAAAAUAUGUUUUAUUAUUUAUUUUUUGUAUUAAAAUUUGUGUAUUAUAUUAAUAUAUAAUUGAGUUAUGCAAAUAAAAUUCAUAUACAUAA